UUAGGUUGUGAUGAGUGAAUCUACGAGUCUUUCAUAGUAACUGGUUUUCCGCAACACGGAGAAACAUUGUUGCUAAUUAGGCUACGUAAAUGACACAUGUAUGUGAAGAUGUUGUAUCAUAAUGUAUAUUUGCAGGUCGAAAUGUACGUGAGCAAAAGUUGAAGUGAAACUCAAAAAGCGUAUUCCGCGCUGCGAAUUGGUUUCAGUUCUUUUUGUUACAUUUAGCGAUUGUUCUUGUAUUUUUUAUUAUGAAGAGACGUCAGAGAAGGCCGGUAUUGACCAUCGAUAAGCCACAAAGUACUUAUCACAUUGAACACAUGCAAGGUAGGCACAAGCCAGCAAAUAAUGUACAACCUGCACAAAAUGAAGCUGAGAAUCCAUUGGCCAACUUGUUAUGUCAGUACAAUUCUGACAGUGAUACAGAAGAUUCCAAGAAAGAUGUACAAAAAUUGGACGAUCAAGUCAAUGAUUUCUUUAAGGAAAUUCAACUUAUUGCUCCAGAACGACCCACCUGUAAUGUUGCUAAAGAUCCAACCUUAGCAGUUAAGACAAAUCCACAAUCUACACAUCAUAUAAGCCAACAAACAUUAUGGCAAGAAUGUUAUGACAAAUCUAGUGGUUAUCCUUAUUAUUGGCAUAUCGAAACUGAUGAGGUAACAUGGGACAUGCCAGAAGAGUUACGGUUGAUAAAGAAACAAUCCGAGAUGGAAUCUACAAUAAAACCUUCGGUUCAAAGUCCCCAUUGGGUGGACUUUUCAUCUAUUGCAUAUCGGCAGUCGCAAGCAAAUAUACCAGAGGGGAUGAUACCACAGGAAGUAGUAGCAAGGAAUCGGAACAGAUUUAUUCACAAAGAGACAACCAAAAAAUGUACUUUGGAAAACAAAGUAGAGACAAGAAACGAAUCCCCUGCGAAGGAUGACGAUUCUGACGAUGGGCGGAUAGAAAUGAUAACAUCGUUUGGUAGCGAUGGAAGUGAUUCAGAGGAUGAUAAUAAUUCCUCGGAUGAGAAGAAGGCAUCGAUACUGCUGUCUGAAUCAGGAAAUUCAAAUUCUGCACUGUACCCAAAGAAUAACGAGAUAGGACCUACAUUUUGUCCCACGGGAAUGCAAUCGACUACCAGAAAUUUGUCUCGUCCCUACAAACCUGAUUCGACAAAGGCAGUUAACAUAUCAAAUUCUACGGAUCUACCCGAACUGUCUGACGAGAGCAGGAUAACCGAGUCUGAUAGCAAUAAUAGUACACUUCAAACAGAGAAGGAAUUGUCUAUGGAGAAUAAAAGUAGAAAGGAUAUUAAUAAGUUUAACGCGGUUCCAAAAUUAGAUAUUAACGUAUCCUUAGUGCCUGGUUAUGGAGAUGAUUCAGAUGUAGAGGAGGAAAUGAAACCUAAACAGGAGAUAAAACCUUUGUUUCCAAUCGCUCAGGAUGACAAUUAUGUAAGCACGACCAACGCGUUGAAGGAUACUGCUUUCACAAAAAGUUCUAGCAAUGUGCAAGUUUCCGAUCAAAGUAACAACGGCAAUAUAGAUGCUCGGGAAACAAAGAGCGAUCAUGAAAAAACAGAGGAGAAGGAAUUGAAGAUAGACGAGGACAAAUCUAAGACUAAUAUAUUUCUCGAAGACAUGCAAAUAUGCGGGAAGGCUUUCCAACGGAAGAAACGAAUAGCAUUUGAUGUUACAUCUAACAAGAUCAAACAAAAUAACAUUUAUCACGAUAACGCGAUUCAAGAUAAUAAUAAUGAUCUUACAAAUAAUGGAACUACUUCACGUAAUGACGACGGUGAUGCGGAAAUGCAUAGUCAGUCGUGUAUAGAAGGCCCAAAGGAGUGCGAAGAAACACGUGAACAAACGGAGCAAUGCAUUAGUGUCAAGCCUGAAGAAAAACUCAGUUCUAAGGAGGAAUCAUGCGACUCGGAAGUACCUGUGGAACACAAAACAGCGUCCAAUCCGGUCGAAGAACGAACCAACGAUGAAAUGAAUGAUUUAUCGCAGAUUAUAACAGAGAAAUUAAAGUUUCUUUCCGAAGGAAGGGAGAGCGUCUCUGCUGUUCAAACAAUGCAAAUUCAGUUACAAACAUUAUCUACUGCAUGGAGCGCAGGUAGCUUAGAGGAAAAUUACUUUCAAAAGUGGCUGACUAGCACAAAUCAUGAAUUGGAAAGACUAGAGCAAGAUGCAGCACCAGCUGGUUGGCUAUGCCAAUGGGAUAGGUCACAUAAACGAUAUUUUUAUCAUAAUACAUCCACUGGAACGUCACAGUGGACUUAUCCCGACACCGGUAUUGCCGGUGGCACUGAGGAGAUGGAAUUAUGCACGACUCCUCCGCCACCAGAAUCGGAAGAGUUAUCAGUCACAGGAUCUCCCGGAACAAAGAAGCCGAAGGAGAAGCAGACUGAGGAGAUGGAUGAUAAUAAGGUGAAUGACGAGAAUGUAACAGAGGGACGUCCCGCGGAGUUGGAAGUCCCACCUUCAUCACAGAUAUCUAAUCCGAGUACGCCGCCGCCUUCGAGGAUAUUUGAAGAAGACCUGAAGAAGGACAAGAGAAAAAAGGAAAAAUCCGACGACAAACCCUUGGACGUAAAGAGAAAACGUUUUGGGAAAGAGAGAAUAACGGCUGUGGAUACGGCUCAGUCAGUGAAUCCCACCUUGGAAUCCUUGUCCUAUGCGCAUCCGCAAGCGGCUGUCUCACCACAAACUUCGAUACCUGCGAAUCAUGCGAACAUGGAGCCUCUACCGCCUGGCGUCGACUUGCCAGACACGUCUUACGAAGCGGCAACCCUGAAAGGAAUCAUCUACAACGCAACGUCCCAGCAAAGUAACGCGAUUUACGCUCCUUCGAUAGCGGACCCGACGAUACCUAUUUUAAGCCAUCAACCGGGCUUGCUGCAGGAGCCGUUUGUUCACUAUCCAGCUUUCCAUCAGCAUUUGCAUAAUCAGACAGCUGCAAUUGCAGUUGCGAACAAGCACAGUGGGCAGAGUGCAAUUCAAUUCAUGCUAGGAUAUACACCGAUCUAUUCGAACAACAAAAUUAUCGCCAAGCCACCAGUUAAGGCCGCGAAGGAAUCUCUAGGAUCCGCUCUCGAUUCCUUUUACAAUGACAUUGCACGUAUCGAGAGGACGGAAACGGAACGGGCAGCGCAACAUCAAGAUACCAUAGUAAUGGAACAAGUGUCCGCACCGGCUGCGGAGGAGGCGAAACUGCCAGAAGUAGAACCUGAAUCCGUGCCUUGCGACACAAUGACGAAAGAGAAAAAAAAGAAGAAGUCGAGAAUCAGCAUCAGCAAGAAGCAUAAGGAGAUGUCGACCAUGGUGGCAAAGUGGCAGAGGGUACAAAAGAACUUAGAAGAAAACGUGUAAAUAAUAGAAGUCCAAUUAAAAUAAAGUAAUUGCCGUUUAUUGAUUGCCGUACAAUAAAUGAUAUUAUGUAGAGAUUAAACUUAUAAUUCUCCGCAAAUUCAUGGUUUUCGUUGUACAUAUGUCAUAAUGUAUUUCUAAUAUCGUUAAUUGCAACGAUUUUUCGUAUCGUGUUAACGAUAUUUGUCUUACUUAUCGAUAAAAAGAAACAUUCGCAUUUAAGAAUAGUCAUAGUGGCAUGUUGAUGGGACACCGUAGUUUCCUAUUAUCCAAAGUUAUUUUGAGAUCGCAUCGAUCUGCUGCUACAUCGCGAAUAAUGAGUGACUUAAGAUGUGAUUUAAGAUAUCGAAACAAACUUAAAAUAUCGUCUAACAGAGGACAGAGAAUACCACUGCUGCUUUGAAUGUGUAUUCCAAAAUAUAUGUGUAACACGUGUACACGAUAUCGCGUGUAACAAUCGUACAAUGAUAUCAUUUGUAUCAUCUAAUGCAGUACUUAUCUCUCGUGUGACUAUAUAUUUUGUGAUCAUAAAAUAGAUUCCACGAUAACUUUGGGGUUUGUCGAAUAUUUUAUUAUAUGUAUUAUCACUGUUAUAUAAUUACAUUAUUAUCAUCAUCAUAAAAUACCAUAUCAUCAUCAUUAUCAUCAGUAUCAUUAUUAUUAUUGUUAUUUUUGUUACUGCGCGUGUUUUAUAGAGAAUGAAGUAUGUGUGCGUUUUUAUAAAUCGAUACGUUUCGUUCAACACUGAGAGAUACUACUCUAAUCGAUGUAAAUUAUUUUUACACACUAUACAAGGCGAUAUUUAAAACUCCAAAUUGCAUCUGAUGAGAUCAUAAGUUAUAGACACUCUGUAAACAAAGUGAAGUGAAAAUAAAUAGUAAGGUGUUUGUGAUAUUA